AUGUCUUCAGUGAAGCGGGGUGUUGACUUUGUCCGGGCAAUCGUUAAAUAUAUGGGCAGUGACGGAUUUGGAGCAAUCUGCCUGAAGAAUGUUGAAAUCCUGGAUGGAGGAGAUGGGAAUGUAAAGGCGGAAUUCAAGGUGCUUCCUGAACACCUCAACAGUGGAGGAGGCUUACAUGGUGGAUUUACAGCGUCCCUGGUUGAUAUGCUAACAACAGCAGCUCUCAUGUCCAAAGAUUCUCAUCCUGGUGUCUCAGUCGACCUCAAAGUCAGCUACCUCAAGGGGGCCAAAGAAGGAGACUCUGUGCUUGUGGAUGCAAUGACUGUCAAAGCAGGAAGGAAGCUAGCUUACCUGGAAUGUGAGCUUAAGCAUAAGUCUACUGGGGCCCUUAUUGCAAAAGGUUGCCAGACCAAAUAUGUUGAUCAACCCAUGGCAGAUUAUUCCAAGAAUGUCGAGUAGUAGGGGGGCAAGGGACAAAAGUCCAGGAGAGGUAUCUGUAAUAUUUCUCUUUUAUUAUUUAUUCCUCAAAUACACGGAAAUGUUUUUUUCAUCAUCAUGUUGUUUAUAAAACAAUUAAAAUACAUUCGAAAUUCUUAUCUUUAGGAUGUCCUAUGUAAAUUUUUAAUUACUUCUCGUUUUCUUUUUUUCUUUUUGGUGAGAUAAUUGUCUCUAAUUCAUUCUAGAUCAAGAAUUUUUUCUUUUGUUUAUUUAUUUCUACGCUAUGAAUAUGAAUGCUGGGUAAUUAUUUUCAGUGAUUUGAAGAUAAGGGUCAGUAUUUUUAUCCACUAUCUAAAAUUUGCUGAGGUUUAUCAUCUCGAAAUCCAUCAAAAAACGGAGACUACCCUUUUUUCCCGUGUUCAGGGAGAAUUUUUGGGCAGUUUUAAGGGGGAAGAAAUGGUACUCUUAUGAUUUUAGUUGAUUCACAAUAAAUCUUCUUUUCAUAUCAAA